AUGAAAAACACAAACAAAUUCGCAUUUCAACAUGCAUAUGCAGAAAAAAUAAUACUGGGAAUUUUCCCAGUGUACUCUCUUUUCAUUCGUCGGUUAAAAAGUACAAACCUUGAGCCAAGAGCUUUACCGAUUAAAUAUGGUCAUUAUUUGAAUAUGACUGAACAAGUAAUUACUGAUACUCCAGUCCAGCCAACUGGUUCCGAUAAUACAGAAAACCUAGGUUCAUUGACGCAGGAGACCAAAUCUAAAGAAGUAACUGCAAAUCCAAACUUUAUCACUUGGAAAUUUCCUCCCUAUUGCGAACUUUGCAAUGUGACUUUUCCUUCCGAAGCCAAUUCUAAAAUUCAUUUCGAGAAUAACGGUCACAAGAACAAACUUCACACGUGGGAGAAAUACCAAGAACCUAAAGCAUCAUCGGAUGAGAAAAACUCCAAGACUGUUCUUUGUGAUGUUUGCUGGAAAGAAAUGAAUACACAAGCAAUUCUAGAUGUGCACUUGAAAAGUCCAGCUCAUUUGAAACUAGCCCAAACACGUUUAGUUAUACAAAAAUUAAAAGAAGACUAUAGACAAAUAAAGGAAUCACAAGAAAAUGAGUAA